UACUAGACAUUCGAAUACAUUGAUCUUUAGAGAACGUCCGGUUAUUUACUACAAUGUUAGUUCCGAUAAUACUUCUACUUUUCAUUACAUUCUUGACGAUAAUUCUCAUCACGGGUAAAAACAAUGAAAACUAUUGGAAGAAACGGGGUAUUAAAUUUCACAACAAGAACAAAGUCACAGGUGUAUUUUAGGAUUUUCUGUUGGCGAAUAAACCAGUGUUUCAAGCUAUUGGUGAAAUUUACAAAGAACAUCGCGAAGAGCCAGCGGUCGGUUUUGGUGGAUUUCUUACUCCAACACUACUAGUCAAUGACGCGACGAACAUUCAGCAUAUUUUUCAAAUAGAUUUCCAAUCUUUCAACCAUCGAGGCUUCGAAAUCAAUGAAGGAGAUCCUCUGGGUGAUAACAUUUUGUUUAUGAACGGCAACAGAUGGAAACUGAUGCGGCAAGCGAUGACGCCUAUCUUCACUAGUGCGAAACUUAAAAAGAUGUUCUAUAUCAUGGACAAGAGCGGAAAAGAUUUUAUUACAUAUCUUAAAAAUAACCCGGAGAAAUUGAACGGGAAAGCGUUUGAUUCUAUAGCAACAUUUUGUUGCGCUGCCAUUGGAGCUGCGGUCUUCGGGGUGGUUUCAGACUCAGUGUUUGAUUCACCUUUCCUGGACGUCGCAAGAAGAGCUUUUCGGGCCACAUUCAAAUCUAAUAUCAAAUCCACGGUAAUGAAUCUAAGUCCCUGGUUAAGUAGAAAAUUGAAGAUCAAGCUAUUUUCGGAGUACGAAGAAUUUUUUAUUGGCGCCGUUAAGAAAAUCAUUCGCCAACGAGAACAUGAAAGUGGACAGAAACAUGAUUUUGCUGAUAUUUGCGUAAAUUUGCAAAGAAGUGGUACUUUAAAAGAUAGAGAGACAGGACUGGAGAUGGAACCCACAGACGAGUUGUUAGCAGGACAAGCAUUCUUCUUCUUCUCAGCGGGUGUAGAUCCAAGUGCUGCUGCCAUUUUUGGUUGCUUGUUGGAAUUGGGAAGACAUCCAGAUCAUCUUGAAAAAGUCCACGUUGAAAUAGACAGUACUUUCGAAGCACUAAAUGGUAAAUUGACUUAUGAAUCUGUUAUGGACAUGGGAUAUUUGGAAAUGGUGUUGUGUGAGAGUUUAAGGUUGUGGCCGCCUAUUGGUUUCUUGGGUAGACAAUGUGUUGAAGAUACUGUGUUGCCAGUAGGAAAUAUCAAGAUAGAGAAAGGUACCAAGGUGUUUGCAGCUGUAUAUGAAUUGCACCAUGAUCCUAAACACUAUCCCGAUCCAGAAGUAUUUGAUCCGGAGAGGUUCGCAUCAGAGGCAGCUCGGGACAGCGGUGUCUACAUGCCAUUUGGUAAGGGGAACAGACUCUGUGUUGGCAUGAGGUUCGCUCGUCUGCAAGUCAAGACUGGACUAAUACAUUUCUUACGAAACUUUACUGUUGAAACGAAAUUCGAUGGAGAUGUAGUUCAAUUUCGGAAAGAUCAAAUACAAGUGAGACCUGCAAACGUAGAUAUAAAGUUUAUACCAAGAAAAAAACAUCUUUAAUAUGUUGAGAUAUAUAUAGAUUUUGUUGUAUCUAUAUAUAUAUAUAUAUAUAUAUAUAUAUAUAGAAAUUAUGGGACCAAAAUA